AAAUAUUAAGAAGACUUUUAAGCAAUCUUACUUUAAAAAGUCAUUACACAGUCCACAUUAAUGGUCUUUUAUGUCUUUAAUUGAAUAAUCAAGCUAUCUCUAUACACUUAUACAUUAAUUAUUACCAAAAUAUUCUGGAAAGUAACAUGGACCCCACUUUGAAAAGGCCGCUUAACACCCAAUUUCACCUUCUUUUCAAAUGUGAAAACACCUCCAUAUCUCCCUUUGAAUUCCCAUCACUUGAAGCUUCCUACUUCCCUACUUCCUUCCCAAACCAAACCAUUCUCCCUUCUUAUUCUGUUCAUCCAUCUUCUUCUCCUUCCUACUCUUGAAAACUACCCAUCAUCAUAUCUUUAAAACCCAUUUCCCAAAUCAUCAUUUUUUCCCAUUUUAACCAAACAAACCCUUAAAAUGUGUAAAAAAAAUAAACCUUCAUUUUUUCUACCCAUUUUUGUGCUUAUUUUCUUUCAUUUCUUCAUCCCCAUAUCUUCCCAAAACACAAAUUUAUCCACUAAAAAAUUCAAAGAGGCCCCACAAUUCUACAACUCACAAGAUUGCCCCAAAAUCUCAUCAAAUGAUCAAGACCCAUUAGUAUGUUCAGAUCAAGCUGUUCAUAUAGCAAUGACACUAGACCUUACCUAUAUCCGUGGAUCCAUGGCAGCAAUCUUCUCGGUUCUACAACAUUCUUCUUGCCCACAAAACAUUUUCUUCCAUUUCGUAAUUUCAUCCUCUACAAACCCAUCUCAGCUAAAAUCCACCAUUUCAUCUUCCUUUCCUUAUCUUCGUUUCGAACUAUAUCCCUUUGACGAUUCCUCUGUUUCGGGUCUAAUUUCAACUUCAAUCCGAUCCGCUUUAGACUGCCCCUUAAAUUACGCCCGAUCAUAUCUAGCCAACAUUAUACCACUCUGUGUAGGUCGUGUAAUCUACUUAGAUUCCGAUGUAGUAGCCGUUGACGAUAUUCAAACACUUUAUAAUGUAAAUCUUGAUGAGGAUAAAGUAUUAGCAGCACCGGAAUACUGUUAUGCGAAUUUUACUUCGUAUUUUACUCCCACUUUUUGGUCAAACCCAUCAUUGUCGGUGACGUUUAGUGACCGACAAGCGUGUUAUUUUAACACGGGAGUAAUGGUGAUUGAUUUGAAUCGAUGGAGAGCAGGCGAUUAUACGAGACGGAUCGAGGAAUGGAUGGAGCUUCAGAAACGGAUACGGAUCUAUCAGUUGGGUUCUUUACCGCCGUUUUUGUUGGUGUUUGCAGGGAAUAUUGUACCGGUUGAUCAUAGAUGGAAUCAACAUGGGUUAGGUGGAGAUAAUUUCCGGGGACUUUGCCGGAAUUUACAUCCGGGUCCGGUAAGUUUAUUACAUUGGAGUGGGAAAGGGAAACCGUGGGUCCGACUUGACUCCAAUAGGCCGUGUCCGCUUGAUGCCUUGUGGGCCCCUUAUGACCUCCUUCAAACUCCAGUCGCUCUCGAAUCUUAAGACUAUUUUCCUGCCGACAACUCUAAAAAUCACCAAAUUAUUACUCCCUCCUCCUUUAAUUUGCUAUAUAUUUUUUUUAUUUUAUUUAAUUUUGUGGGUAUCAUUUAAUUUGUUAUAUUAUUUUUUAAUUUUUAAUAUCAACGACCAAUCUAUUCAAAUGUUUUUGUCUUAUCAUUCAAAAUCAUUUGUGAUCUUUUUGAGUCAAGGGAUUCAUUCUCUUUUAUGAAUAUGAGUUACCGUUUUUUUUUCCCCUUUAGACCCUAAUAAUAGUUCUUAUGAACGGAAUACAUCAAGUAUAAUGAUAAUGAUUCUCUAAAAUCAAACUAUUUUUCAAUGUCUUUGUCAUAGUUUUUAUUGCAAACUCAAAAGGGUCAAACAAUUCAUUUUGAUUUGCCAAAUUUUCUAUUUCAUGUCAUUCAAUAUUUAAAAAUGAAUGAACCCUACCGUUUAUUUCAUUGUGUAUAAACUUUUUAAUAUCAAACAAUUUUUUUUUUCAUUUAAAACAAAAAGUUAAAAAAAAAAUAAAAAUAUCACAUUUUGCAAAUAUAAUAAGAGGGAGGAGGAAUAAUAAAGUUUUAAACCUUAAAUCAUGUUAUAACACGUUAACGUGUUAGAUAUGGAUCAUCCAUCACUCAUGCACAUGGUGCAUUUAUUUGCACAAAUGGAGCAAGUCAAGUAUCUAGCAUGGCCGAACCCGUCUUUUAUGGAAAUGGAUCGGAUCUUCGAGAACAAAACAAGAAUGGGAAUAGAAGAAAUAUCAAAGAGAUGGUGGAUAUGGGCAUUUACCGCUCUUUUUUGUGUCUGUUUUGUAUUUAGUCUCCCCUGGCGCUGGAUAGUCGGGUGGGUAUGUAUACAAUCUUAUAAUGAUAUCUUAUACUGGGGAUAAAAAUAAAAUAAAUCUGCAUAAUAAUUUUGUAAUUUGUAAAUUUGGGAGCAGAACAAUAAUAAUAAGAUAAAAUCAUCAUUAUAUUCAAAAAUAUAUUUAGUAAAUGUACAAGUUCAAAUUAUUCUUCUUUAAUUUCACUUUUUAUAAUUAAAUAUUAAUAUUAUAUAAAAGUAUAUAUUUUCUCUAUUCUGUAAUACUUAUCACUAAUAGUGAU